CAGGUGAGGGGGGUUCGCGUAUUCCUACUCUUUGUAUUUCGUAUUUCCGCCCAGUGGCUCACACGUAACUUUUGCUGUUGUACAACUGUGCGAAUUAUUGUCUAUACUCGUAGUUGUUUGUGUUCGUAGUGCGAUUCCUAGUGCUACAGUUGUUGUUGCUUUCGCUGGGGUUGCCUCGCACGUUUUCCCGUCCCGCUUUUCCCCCUUUCUCCCUCUUUCUCUUUCCCUCUCUCUCUCUCUCUUUCUCCCUCUCUCGCUUUCUGAGUGAAUUCGCUUUCAAGGUAAAAUCAAUUGAGAUCAAACUAAUUGAAAAAAUGUUUUUAGAAUUUUUAGCCUUUGCAUUUAUUUUUGUACUUCCAUGGCCCGGCACGUUUAUUUUCAUAAACAAUCAUUUUAAAAUUAACAUGUCAUGUUUUUUUUUUUGCUCAAUAGCUUCUAGUCACUUAGUAGUAUACACAUUGUAUUGCUAGGGAAUGAAGAAUUAUGUUUUUAGCGCUUAGGCUGUCUAAUUGGCCGUUACUCUUUUCUGUUUACUUAAUUCCCAGACGGCGACGAGAAAUUAACCACGUCAUUCGGAGUUAAUUACGCACCACUCAGGUGGCCCCACCAUGAUAUAUGUAUGGCUAUAAAGUCGCAUAAAGAGCCCAAAAACUGGGCCUCCCCUUCCGUAAUAUACCAUUAUGAACUAUGUACUAUACAUAUGCGACAGCAGGUCCGGCGAGUGAAAAGUGGAAAUUUAUCGCCGGUCGUCUGCUGUCAAGCGAUUUGCCCUUGCCCGAAAAAGCUACGCAAAAUAGUCGGUCCAAACCGAACGUCAGAUAUCAGUUAUAGUUGACAGAAGUCAUAGGGGCUGCCUCGUAAUAGUAGACAGUGCCGAUCACAAGUUUAGCAGAAAAAAAAUGGGUGCAAAUUCAGCAGAUAAUCAAGUCGAAAAACCUGAAACCGUAGAUACCAGCGAAUAAGCAAUAAUAAAUGUUUAAUUAUGGAAUAAAUUACGAGUAACUGGGUUCAGUGGUUCCUUAAACUGAUUCAUCGAAGCACUUGAGUUUAUAAAAUACAUCAGUUGCGUACUUUACUUAAUCACUAAACGAUCAUGACACCAAGUUGAAUAAGUGCCAUUAAAUAAUGUCGUUUAUGAAGUAGCUAUCAACCCAAGUGACCUGUACACUCGCUCAUUAAAUAGGUGCUGAUAUAAAUCAUCUAGAUUUGGUUUAGCUUCAUCAGUUAUUCUGUCUCUUGUCUCCAGGGUAUCACUUUAUAUUUAUCAUUUCGAGAACUCCUGACCCAGAGAGUACCAUACUUAUAUCGCGCACUGUAUAUGUAGAUAUGGGGCCCCUGAGCACGCGUAUCUGAUAAGCGACGUGUUUGCAAGGUGGCCUGAUUAGAGCCCCUUUGUGGGCACAACCUUGACAGAGCUUCGCGUUCUCCUCCACGUAAUCGAAAUGGGCGUGGUGCUGGCAACUUGCAUAAUAUACGGGAUCUAAUUAGUUUGCAGGGUGGUAAAAAGGAGGGUUUGGAUGCGGCCUGCUAGACUGGGGAUUACGUUCUGGCGGAGGCGGUAAAACGAUAAAUGCUAUUUCAAGACCCCUAUCUGGCGAAUCCGAAAUCGCAGACGGGGAAAUGUUUUACUAAUAGUGAUUAUGGUGACGUUAUACAUUGGCCACACAUUAUUGCUUCCCAUUGGCGGUGUCACGUGAUCGUUUGCGGGGUUCGAUGAGUUCGUUUAGAGCAGAGCCAAAACUCGAAUGCGAUUUCGCGAUUAGCCGAUUGACGGAUGGGUGGCGAUAAAGCAGGGGGACCUAUAGUAUAAUCGGGGCAGCCACUGGGCUCUAAUAAUAGUCUGCUCGAGCGUUCCAUUAAUAAAUGCCGUCCAACCGGUAGGAGAACUCGGCUCGGCGGCUCUACGAUCGCUCUCGAUCUCGCCGAGAUUCCGCUCUCUGCGGAUUCCGGCCCAGCCCAAAAGCCAAUUUCAUUCAUGCUCUGGCCAAGAUCUCGUAGGUAAUAACAACCUCGUGGCAGCAGCCACAUCAACAGCAAUUAUCUUCAAUUAUUUACAAUUAUUUAAUAAAAACGCAAACGUAACUGCACAGCAAACAGAUAUAUAUCUGCAUCUGGAGCGGUUUGUUGUUGUGGCUUACGUAAAGGCAAGACAAAUACUUGAGUGCAGUGCAAUAUUUAUAAGUUAUCUGGCUCUGUCCCCCUUCUUCUCCCCUCUGUCCCGCUCCCCUCUGUCUUAUCAGAAGAGCUCCGGCCACAUAAACACACAUUUGCUCUGGCGGAAUGGAAUUUUUGCUGCCUGAAACGGCAAAAAAAGCAACAAGAAAAAGAAAAAUAAAAAAUAAAACAAAAAACGAACUAAAAAAGCAGCAAGAAUUCGAGACGCGGGCAUAAUAAUUCGAUACAUCAAGUUAAACGGAAUACGCAAAUGUAAACAAAGUUAUGGGCUGAUGGACUGGGGAGCAACUGGAGGCGGUCGACACUUGAUAUAUGAAGAAAAACAUUUGGGGCCACUUGGCUGCUCGGCAAACAAAACGAGAGAAAUUUGCUUAAAUUUAUAAAUAAUAAUGACGAUGAUGAUAAAAUUGCCGGCGCAAAUUGAGACAAGUGGCCAGUGGCCAGUGGCUACUUUUAUUCUAUGCCUCCGCGUUUCUGGCUCAAUUAACCAGCCAUCCAGUGUAUAAAAAUGGAAGCCGGGCGAACGCGGCGUAUGCGCAACGUCUCGAAGUCUGCUGCUCUGCAUCUCCAGCUGUGUGAGAAAUGGCCACCGCGAUUAGGUCAGCGAAAAUACAUGCGGGAAUGAGAUAUAUAGGUAUAUAUGUAUAUAGAAGAGACCUGGACAUGCGUUUGGGGGCAGACAUUCCACUCAAUUUAUCCAUUUGGGGCCCUGUCCCAACCGCGGAAUCGUGGACCCCGUUGGCUCGGUUUACAUCACUGCCGGCCAUUUUAAUUGGGUUUGUCUAAUGAGCUGAGCUGAGCUUAAAUUCGGAACCCUUUCAGCUCAGCGCGGCACCACUAAUUAUUAAGAAAAUCGGCUUAGUGCCGGGGGAUCCCAAGGGGCGGGUCUUUAAGCUUAAAGCCCUGGGCGUGGCCACUCUUGAAGUUGGCCCCGGUUCGUGCCCUUUGCAGGGCAUCUUUCUUUUGUCCGGGGAAGGCACUCGAGCAGCCACUUGGCCGCCAUUCAAUGUGGUCACUCCCCCGCCCGCCGAAUUCGAGUACACCAUACAAAUGGCAUUAGUUCGAUGCAGUCAACGUCAGUUCAAUGUCAAUUUGCCAACAAAAGCAACAAUUAUUCAAAGAUGGUGGAUGGUGGGGUGGGUUGGCCCAAUGGUGUCAGUGAGCUUAAGCGAAUGAGACAACGAAAUCCCGGCUAAUGUCUUGGGAACUUUCCUGCUGCAUGAUGUGGCGGAAUAUCUGUGCUAACUGUCAACCUCUAACCAUACUCCCCUGUUUCUCCUGCCCCCGGAAAUGCGGCAUCUUCAAGUCGGAGGAGCACCACUCGCCAGCGAAUCGCAUCGCCUUCAUUGAAAUCGUGCCAUUCUACACCGGAUGCUGGCGCAGAAAAGAGGCGAACAAACAUGGUCAGCCAUCGGCAGUGGGAUCCUCGGCGAACUCGGGAGGAGGAGGAGGACCUGGCGGCGCGGAGCGAGUGCCGCCCAUCGGAGGCUACCAGUGGCCGGCGGACCAGACUCCGGGCGUGAUGGGGCUGAAGAACCACGGCAACACGUGCUUCAUGAACGCAGUGCUGCAGUGCCUCAGUCACACGGAUAUCCUGGCCGAGUACUUUGUGCUGGAUCAGUACAAGGCUGACCUCAAGCGGCGGAACAAGAUCAACUCGCGCAAGUUCGGCACCAAGGGUGAGCUCACCGAGCAGCUGGCCAACGUGCUGAAGGCGCUGUGGACCUGCAAGAACGAGAGCGACCACAGCACCAGCUUCAAGGCAGUGGUGGAUCGGUACGGGACGCAGUUCCGCAGCUCCACGCAGCACGACGCGCAGGAGUUCCUCUUCUGGCUGCUGGACAAGGUGCACGAGGACCUGAACACGGCCAGCAAACGGCGCUACAAGAGCCUCAAGAACUCGUACGGCCGCUCGGACGAGGUGAUCGCCGCCGAGACGCUGGCCAACCACAUCCGGUGCAACAACAGCUUUGUCCAGGCCGUGUUCCAGGCCCAGUUCCGCUCCUCGCUCACCUGCCCGCGCUGCGAGAAGCAGUCCAACACCUUCGACCCCUUCCACUGCAUUUCCGUGCAGCUGCCGCAGCUUACCCAGCAGACGAUCUUUGUCACGGUGGUCUACAUGAAGCAGUUGCCGCGGCAGGUGCGGAUGGGACUGCGCGUUCCAGCCGGCUCGCCGAUUGUGGCCCUCCGGGAGCAGUUGCAGACGGACACGGGAAUUGAGGGAUCGCGCAUGGUGCUGGUGGACUUGAACGCCGAGGGAUUCUCGCGGGUAUUCUACGAUACACAGCCGGUGGAGACUUUGGCCAGCAUUGAGACCAUCUACUGCAUCGAGGUGCCGGAGGCGACGCCUGUUCCCAAGGCUGCUACUCCGCUGGAGACGGCGGUUAAGCCCGCUCCUGCGGCAGGUGCUCAAGCGGCUGCUGCUGCUACUGCUCCUGCAGCAGCUCAAUCGCAGGCCGACCUGCUGCUCUUAGUGGCCAACGUGUACCGAGCGAAGGAUGGCAAGGACAUAACCCGCUUUGGAGCGCCCUUCAGCAUGAAGGCACCACGCGAUUGCUCCUACCAGGAUCUGCAGAAAAGGAUGCUGCGCGAGAUGGCGCCACUGCUCAAGCCGGAGGUCUUCUCCUAUGCCACGCCACUUGCCGAGAUGUUCCGCAUUCGGCUGCAAGACCCCUCCGCCGACCCGGAUACUUAUUUGGAGCAGGUUGAGCACCCGCUGCUCACCGAGAUGAUCGACAUGGCGCUCUCCGUGCUCUCCUCCGAGGCCGGACCACAGCACAUCAAGCUCCUGCUGGAGUGGGGCUCACCUGAGGAUCACUUCCUUAGCAAACAGCAGGAUUCGGAGGAGGCCGUUGUGGAGCACGAGAGCGUGGCGCGGCUUAGUGCCAGCAAGCCGAGCGACACCGCCUCCCUGACCCUGGAGCAGUGCCUGGAACACUACACCAAGGCGGAGACGCUGAGUGCGGAGGACGCCUGGCGCUGUCCACACUGCCAGCAGUACCUGCCCGUGGUGAAGACGCUGGGUCUGUGGUCGCUGCCCGACAUCCUGGUGGUGCACUUCAAGCGCUUCCGCCAGCACCAGUCGAAGGGUCCGCAAGCGGCCAAGCUGACCACCAUGGUCAAGUUUCCGCUCACCGCCUUCGACAUGUCGCCGCACCUGGCACGCGGCGUCCACGAGAGCGCCAGCAGCUCCCUGGGAAUGGGCACUGGAAUGGGGAUGGGGCUUGGACUCGGCCUGGGCUCGAAUCCCUGGAAGCGGGCCCGCUCCGGCGAUUCGCGCUCCUCCACGCUCAACUCGCGCUGCGAUCCAAAGGACACGCGCUACGACCUGUACGCCGUGUGCUACCACCAGGGUGACACCCUGGAGACCGGUCACUACACGGCCGCCUGCAAGAACCCGUACGACCGCCAGUGGUACAAGUUUGAUGACCAGCGCGUGAGCAAGGUGCCCGAGGACGACAUUGAGCAGGACAUCAUCAAUAACGAGGCCUACAUGCUGUUCUACCAGCGACGCAGUGUGGACGUCGGCGAGUGCUCCGGAUCCAGCUCGAAUUCCGGCGAUCACUGGGUAUCGCGCAUCGCCCCGGCGCCCUCAUCCUCCGCCUCCUCGACUUGUGGAAAGGAUAAGGACCCGGUCAAGUUGGAGGGCACCAGUGAGACGACCGAAACUCCGGCGGCAGCAGUGGCCGAGAAGGCUCAAUCCAAGCCAGUGGACAUACCCAAAAUUUGCCAAGAAAGGGAAGAGGUUACCGAAGAAAUCACAGCUGAUGUUCAGAUGGAGCCAUCAGCCACAAAAGAGCACGACAUUGAAGCAGUUCUUCAGCAGAGCUUGGCUUUUGCCGAUGCUGAUGUGGAUUCAAGUUUAAGUGAGAGUAGCAAGACGCAGGCAACUCCAGCAGCGAAAGAUGAACCCGAGAAGAUGGAUGUAGAGGAAGCCACGCCCAUAUUUGCCAUGGAUGAAGAUUGCGCCGACCUUGUGGAGGAAACACAAAAUGAGCCUGCUAUGAAAGAAGCCGACAUCUGCGAAGCCCCACUAGCUAGCGAACCAACCGCCGAGCCCGAGGCCAAGACCAAUGGUCAUGUGAGCUCCCCAUCUAGCUCCUCAUCCUCGGAAAGCUCGCUCUCGUCGCGAUCCUCGCCGAGAUCACUGAGCGCCUCAGUGACGGCGGCGUCCACUCUGCAGAGCAAGUUCAACGGCCACACGAGUGCCGCUCCGCCUCUGUUUAAUGGCAAUGGCAAUACGCCCCAGCUCUCCUCCAGCUUGCAGCUAUCCCGACAGGUGCUGCACAACCACAACUGGCAUGGAUCCAGGAGCAGCGUGUCGGCGGUAGAGAGUGCAUCGCAACAGGCGGCGGCGGCGGCCAGUCUAAACUUGCGCCACUCCUUCUCCACCAGUUCCAACUACACGGAGACCCUGUCAUCGCUGCUGCGCAAGUCGGCGAACACUUGCAGCAAGGACACCCUGCUGUUCAUCGACCAGCAGAGUCACCAUCACACAAGGGGACUAAUCGAAGAUGACGAUGAUUCAUAUAUGGGCCGGUCCCUAUGGAUAUCCCCCGUGACGCCACACAAACUCAUCACUGUUUCGCCCAAGAAUUAGAUGCGAUAUUAUGAUUCGUACGGAGCAGCAUAGACACAAACAGAAAUGGAAACCGAAAAUGAAAACGAAACCGAAACAAGAACAUACACAAACGCACUAUAGCCAUAAGCCUAAAGUUUACUUUAUAUGAUAUUUCUAAACCGGAGCUACCGAGCGGCAAGCGAAAAGCAUUAUGAAGAUGUUAUACAACUCUGUUUACUUUAAGAUAUGUACUCAUAUAUACGAUAGUUGCAAUAUUGCAUUAAGUUUGAAAAGUUGGAUGAAACUUGCAUAGGAUCCGUAAGCCUAAGUUUAUUUAUUCGCUGGCAAUUUGAAGCCGAUGGCGAGGAUUGAAUAGUUUCCUUUAUAUUUUACCCCAUUGACAUUGACUACCGAUAUUUAUUUAGCCAAACAAUGAAGUACAAUUUGAUUUGAUUUAAUUCCCCAUUUUACCCGUAUACCUUCUUCUUGUAUAGUUCUCUAUCGACAGCUGACGUAACGAUGAAGUGCUUGGCAUGCCUAAAUUUAGUUUUUUUUUUACACGAAACCAAGUUUCAAACUACAAUCUAUGCGCAUAGUUAUAGAUUUAAGGACAUGUAUUCUCUUUAAUUACUAUUACCCUCAUUUCUAUAUUAAUCUAAUUGCUUGUAACUUUUCCACAUCCACAUACAAUUCUGGCACAACUGCAUAUGAUUCUUUCGAUUUGAUGUCGGGCUAAGUUUUGUGGGGCGUUCAUAAUGCGGAUCUAUAUACAAACAUAUAUAUUACUUUAUGAAUAAUGUAUUCUACAUGUAGAAGAAAGCAUUACACCAAAACAUUAUAUGAUAACAAAUGUUUAAGGACUCUACCACAUUGUUUUUUGGAGAGAAAGAACUUUAUUACGGUGUAAAAUGUUCAUUGUAUUCAUAAAUAAACGUGAAGUUGUUGGAUAUGAAAUACGAUUUUGAAGUGAAUUAAUAAAUCUUAAAAAGACUCCGUACCCAAA